GGAGUGUAGUGUAGCACAUGCUCUACUGGAAUCUCUAUAUAUAGACCCCCUGAACGCCAGAGCUCCUCCACAUACGAAAGAAGAGAUGGGAUUGCUUCUCUUGGUCACUACUUCUUUUCUGCUUACAGUAGCAUCAUCUCUCAGAGAUGUUCCUCGUAGCUCAUGUUCUUCCAAGGACAAGGUUGAUGAGCUCCACCACCUCAACAGCUCCGGCAUCCACUUCACGCUCCACCACCCCAGGAGCCCCUGCUCCCCUGCCCCUUUCCCCUCCCUCUCCUUCUCCGCCAUCCUCUCCCACGACGAUGCCCGUGUCCGCUCCCUCGCCGCCCGCCUCCGCAACACCACUCUCGCCCCGUCCCGGUCCUCCCUCAUCCUCCACCCCGACGCCGCCUCCAUCCCCCUCUCCUCCGGCACCUCUGUCGGCGUCGGCAACUACGUCACCCGCGUCGGCCUUGGCACCCCGGUCAAGUCCUACGUCAUGGUCGUCGAUACCGGCUCCUCCCUUUCCUGGCUCCAGUGCUCCCCUUGCCGCGUCUCGUGCCACUCCCAGGUCGGCGCCGUCUUCGACCCCGCCGCUUCGGCCACCUAUCGCUCGGUCCCGUGCUCUGCGCCGGAGUGCCAUGGCCUCCUGUCCGCCACUCUCAACCCUUCCUCAUGCUCUGUCGCCAACGUCUGCAUCUAUCAGGCGAGCUACGGCGACACCUCUUUCUCCGUCGGCUACCUCGGCAAGGACAGCCUUUCCUUGGGCUCAAGGCGAGCUCUCGCUGACUUCGUCUACGGCUGUGGCCAGGACAACGAGGGCCUCUUCGGCAAGUCGGCCGGCCUCAUUGGCCUGGCACGCAACGAGCUCUCCCUGCUGUCUCAACUCGGGCCAAGGCUCGGUCAGUCCUUCUCUUACUGCCUUCCGACCAUGGUGUCCACCGGAUACCUGUCGAUUGGUUCAUACAACCCAGCACAGUUUUCGUACACUCCCAUGGUGUCGAGCUCGCUGGACGACACCCUUUACUUCGUCAGGCUGACGGGCGUCACGGUCGGCGGGAAGAACUUGCCGGUAAGAGCGUCGGCGUACACCGGGACACCGACGAUCAUCGACUCGGGGACAGUGAUCACGCGGCUGCCGCCGGACGUGUACACCGCACUCAGCAACGCGAUAGUGGCGGCUCUCAAGAGGUACAAGCGGGCGCCGGCGUACUCGAUUUUGGACACGUGCUUCAGGGGGACCGUGAAGGCGUCGGCGGUGCCGGCGGUAAACAUGGUGUUCGAAGGCGGCGCGACAUUGAAGCUGGCGCCGAGGAACGUAAUGAUCAACGUGGAUGAUGCGACGACGACGUGCUUGGCGUUUGCGCCGUCAGGGAGGGUGGCGAUCAUCGGGAACAGGCAGCAGCAGACGUUUAACGUGGUUUAUGACGUCGCCAAGUCGAGGAUUGGAUUUGCUGCAGGCGGGUGCAGCUGAUACAGACAGCUGGUGGUGGUGGUGGUAACAAUAGUAGUACACGAGCAUUAAGUGGAUAAUACAUUGUGCUUUGGGCUGUUAAUGAAAGCUUACACGUAAUAAUUGGCUUUAAUGAUUCCCUAAUGGGAACUCUUUACACUUCA